AUGCAGCUAAGAUUGCCCGCUAUUCUUAGGGCUGUUUCUGACAAGUCUGAAUUGGCGGCGAUAUCUCAGUCUGCGAAAUUAUCUUCAAGUUAUGCAUCAGACACGCAACUUGAACGCGAUCAAAUUCAAUCCUUGAUACGCUCAGGGAAACCUUUGGGCGAAAUUAUUGGUUCACUUGGUUCCAAUCUCCAACCUCGGCCGUUUCUUGAUAAGUGUAUUGAAAUUGCUGACGAAUUUGUUAAGUAUGGACCUGAGCUUAAGUACGAUCCGAUCGAGAUAUUCAAGAAGCACUACGACAACAGUGUUCUGACCUCAAUUGUCGGAGAGGAGGUGCUUAAACACCCGCACAGUUCUUCACGUGUGGAAGACGUGUAUUUUCAGAACUUGUUUAGUAGGAUGAUAAGUCCUGACAGACUCUCGAAUCUGCUCAGUCAGGGAACUGGAAAGAAAACUAAUUUUGAUUUUCUUGUGGAGAAUUAUCGGCAGUUCGUCGACAGCAUGGGUCCCCCUGAUUUAUUAGAAGAUAUCAGAAAGUGGUGCAAGACUAAGAAGACCCUUAUAAGCGUAGCUGGACAACCUAUUGGUGGCACUAAAGACACAGCUUUUGAGCGAGACAGGUUUCUUUACGACGGCAAGGUGUUUGCUGCAUAUGAAAGCUACAUUCGCGCUCACAAUAAAGCGAAACCAUUUUUGCAGAUAGAAUUGCUCCCUGCACUUACCAUUCGGUUUGGUGAUCGUGAUACAUCGACCAUGAUUUUAGCAGCUAAAACCCACCCAGAGACUGCAAAAGUUGCCGAGCUUCUUGAAAUUGAGCAGAUUGAGCGUUGGAUAAAAGCCGCGUGUGUGAACCACAACAAGGAAGUGGGUUCUUUCUCUUCGUCUCCGCAAAAAAUGUUAACGUUAGAGGGUUGGCGUGAGAAAAAUAAAAUUUCACAACUCGAAUGCGAUCUGUUAAAAUCCGAACCUACCGACGAAAAGCUGUACGGCCCGGUCAUUAAAGCGUAUGACACCUACAUUCGUUUGUACAAUGCGGAAAACCCAACAAAGAAAUUGAGCUUGCUUCCGCUACUCACGUCUCGCUUUAAGGAUGAAAAACUCUUGGCGAUGAUCGACAAAGCACAUUCGUAUUGUCCAGAGAUCGCUAAGGAUCUCGAGACCAAACAAACGCUGUUCUGGGUGAAAAGAGAUAAAAAACCACAAUCUAUCGUUGAGCUACUGGAAUUUCCAUCAAAAAGUUUGCACUAUAUCUACAAAUGGAUAGAUUUUUCAAAAAUUUCAUAUAAGUACUCCAAGCCUUCGUUUGACCCAAUUGAACUUUUAAAAACUUAUUUCUCGGACCUCGAACUGGCCACGUUUCUGGUUGAUGCAAUGUCAAGUAAUUCAGUCGAUGCUAUCCAAUUGAAAAAUGUGUUGUUUUUACACUGGUUUAAUCGAGUGAUGACUCGUCAAGGACUUCAGAAGCUGCUUGAACUUGACGACAAAGCAAAAGCUAGUUUUGAUUCACUAUUGACAAAUUUUGAUAUCUUUGUUGAAGAAUUGAAGACGGGGGCAGCGCAAGUUGUGCCUUUUAUUUCCGCAGAAAAAAAUUUGAAUUAUGGGGCGGUGUUUUCUCAAUAUGAUGACUACGUUAAUUCGUAUAACAAGGAUCAGACUAUCAAAAAAUUGAGUCUGUUCGCGCUACUCUCGGUACUCUAUGGUGACAAAGUUGUGGUAGAAAUGACUCACGAAGCGAAACUAUCCUCAGCCACUUGUGCUUCCGCCGAGCUUGUUGAGAAUGAACAGAUUCAGUAUUGGUUUUCAGAUUAA